CUGAUCGAGGUAUCUUUGCACAACUUGAGUCGACUUGACAUGUCCCCUUAAACGUGGCCCUCAGAGAUCACUCAUUGUGAUCGUCAGCCCAACGCCGGCAUCAUGGGUCUCGCUGAGCCAAAGAGACGAAGCAAGAUUGCCCAUGAUCCUCGAAACCUAGCAUGGAAACAACAAGCUGCAUCAUCGUUCGGUCAACGAAUGAUGGUCAAGCAAGGUUGGUCCGAGGGCGAAUCUUUAGGGAAUCGAGCCUCAACACACAUCGGUCUCAAUGAUGUCGAUCGCCUCGCAGCCGCCAGAGUAGGCGUUCUAUUCAAAGACAACAAUCUCGGCCUCGGAGCAAAGAACAAAAGUCAAGAUCUUGAAGCCCAACGAACUGGUUUGGAUGCCUAUCAAGCAAUGUUGGGAAGAUUGAAUGGCAAGUCAGAGGCUGAAGUCGAGGUGAUGGAAAAGAAAGUCGAGGAUCGCAAGUUGGCCAUGUACGCCAAAGGGAGAUGGGGUGGAAUGGUCUUCAUCAAGGGUGGAACUCUAGUCGGUGAAAAGACAUUCGGAACCGGUGAAACCAUCGAGGAACAGAAGCCCGAUUCUACCCCUGCCACCACCGAUUCGGAAGAGAAAAACAACGCAAAAGAAGAGAAAAGAAAACGCAAAGAGGCAAGGAGGCUGAAACGAGAAGCCAAAGCCGCAAAACGUGCCGCAAAGGCUGCAAAACGACAAGCCAAGUCACGAAACACCUCCAGCAACGAAACAGGAAGUGAAAGCGAAUCAGCCGAACAGACUCACUCGAGUCACAGAUCAUCACGGUCGCAUGCCCCCGAUGAACCAGUGUCCUCAUCCUCUUCUGGAAAUGAAGAUGCAACCUCUUCAAAGAAGCUAAAGCGGAAAAGAUCAACUGCCAGUAUCAGCUCAGCCAAAUCAGCCACCCCAACUACGGUGACCCCUUCAAGAAAUGGCAGACAUCUAUUGAGAGGACGCAACAUUCAAGCCAAACGAUUGGCUUUGACCGAUAUGAAGGGAUUAGAUGAAAUUUUCAUGAGGCCUGGGUGAAUGAAUGAAUGAUGAAACUUGUUAAUUUUUUAUCAACCGAACGCCGACGAAUACCACCAAGUGCUCGAGUGCACUUUGCGCCUCACAACAUACAUGGGUUCAAUCAGCAUUUAUUUUGGCCAAACAGAACCAGGACAUGAUUUGUGAGUGCAAGCAAGAUAUCAGAUUCGCGAUUCAGCAGUUUAAGUUUGUGGAGGGAAUUUAUCUCCUCGGCAAUCUAAUGCCGUCCGUCUCAUGCUCGAUCACAACCGCCCUGAGAUGUCCGCCACGACACCGAACCAGAUCGGACAUUCGCGUCCAGAGGAUACAACCAAGGCAAUGCACUUGGCCAAACAUACUCGACGACUACGCCGGAAACUGACCUGAGGCAUCGAACUGGAACCGAAGAAAGAAAGCCGAUUACUGCAGCUGCACAACUUUUAGGAUGUGAUCUAUCAUCAAACGGGGUGUAACUUUGCUAUGGUUAGCUGUCGCAGGGAUCAAUCUGCAAGAGACUGUGGCUCGAGGGGAUGGAUAUAUCCGUGAGUGCCUUUGGCAGUCUUGAAACGGACAACAGGAAGUCCAAGGUCCACCAUUAGAACAUUAGAAAUAGAUGGAUACAGGUGAAGUUGGCCAUUGAUAUACCC